CUGUAGUGUUGGUGUUAGUAUCUUGUGAUAGGUAAUAUGUAUAUGAUGGGAUUUUUGUAGAGGAUAUUAUCAAAGUACACGAUUUAUUUGUAUAAUUGCCCUUGUUUACUAUUUGUUACACUUACCUGUUUUGUCAUAACUUCUUUGAUAGGCAUUUAGAAGUUGGAGAACUAAGUGUUUUGUCAUGUUAACAUGAGACUGGAUUUUGUUUUAUUGAAUGUACACUAAGUAUAAGGAGUACAAAGAAGUGUAUUACAAUAACAAGGGGUAUAUCAUCAGGUAUUGAAGGUCAAAGGUAGAUCGGUAUUAACCACGCUAACCCUUUACACAUCGUUUGUUUUACCCUGUUUAUGUUAGUCAUGAAAAAUAACAUCGGCCCCUUGGGCCAUGUCAGACAAAUUUAGCCCUCUCUGACCUUUGCAUUUUCAAUAGCCUCAAUCAUUUGAGAAGCUGGUCCACGACAAGAUCUUUGUGUGAAUUCUUAAGGUAGCUCCAAUUAAAGCAAACUGUCAUCGGUUAUGUUUGCUCUUGCCUUUCAAGGGUUAAGUUCUUAUCAGGUCAAACUCACACUCUUGGGUAUCACUAUCAAAAAAGUUUCUCAGCAGGCUAUAACAAUGAAUGUCUGAGAUACUGUAUGGAUGAUUGUCCCAAGGCUGGUAGUUAGGACCGUAGUGCAUUCUGUAGUAAUGACUUGUGCUGAGGAGAAAUUUGAUAGUACUUGACGAUGACAUUGCCUUGUCCUGAUUUGCCUUGGAUCUGAUGUUCUAGUGCACUGUGAGGAUCUUCUCUGUGUUUGUGUGGACGUGUUCAUGCAGUGUGCAUGUGAGGUACUGUAUCGAGGCCCUUGUGUGGGACACUAUAGCUGAUGUGCUGUGUGUCAAAUAUUAGUGACUCUGUCCUAUGUGUUAUCUGCACUUGUUUUACAAGAUACCAGCAUCAUGACCCUACAGUUAGUCUAUUUGAUUGUUUACUUAAGGAGUCUGUAUACAUGUUUAAUCAGUAGAAAGAUCGGCAGCAUUGAGUGACAGUUGCCUUUAUUAUGCAGAGGCAAAGGCUUGACAUUCAACAAUGAACUGUUUGAAGGAAAAACAACAGCCUGUUAAUAUACUUGAGAUUUGAGUACUUCCAUAUAUUAGGCUUAUGUAACAAGUUGAUUGGAUACAGAGCUGUGACCUUGUGACGUUCUCUGCAUUAGGAAAGUGUGUUUGACAACAUGUGUCACAAUCCUGCUGCAUCUAACACCAGAUGACAUAGGGACCAGGCUUCACACAUUUUACCCAUUUGGGGAAUUCAGACAGGGUCAUCUGUGUGACACUCUUCGCAUCACGCUAAGCGACACCCUUGAGCGAUGCUGAACAGCUACCUGCGGGUCCAGUCUAAUGCUUGAAGAGGAAGAGAGUGCUGUUAGUGAUGGCUUAUGAAUACCAGCAGAAGAAAGUCCGGAAGACUGGUCAACUUGGGUUUCAUGUCAAAUCUGGUACCAUUCAUAACAAAGAGGUUCCAGCAUUGCUAUCACCUACCAAAAACAAUGGACAUUACUUGAAGCCUGUUUUUGGCAAGGUCAGUAAUGGAUGUGGUAUUCCUCGGGAUGCUGAUGGUUAUAUGUCAUCCUUUGCUAAAAGGAAUGGCUCUGGAGCAGUAUCUUCCCAAGGUGCGGAAGCAGUGUCUACCCAGUGUACAGAGUCAGGUUCUAGACAAUUCGGUAAUGGUUUUACGAAGAAGACAAAGGUCAGUGAAAUUGUAUCAAAGAUGGACUCAGGGCAAAAUGGUAAAUUGCGGUCACAAAUAAAAAGCAUUUCCACUCCAAAUUUGAUAGAUAUUUCAGAGAAUAAUUCCCAUGGCCAAAAUACAAGGACAAGACGUAAGUCCCUGUUUAGUGAUAUUAGUGUGAAAGAGAAAAUAAAGAAAUGGGAGAAGUUUAACGAAACUUCAGUCAACACAUCAUGCAUCACAAAGCAACAGAAGCAUGAGAUAACAGGAGGAGGAAACCUCAGACCUGCCCAUCCACAUGUAUUUGAGAGGGUCAGUGGAGAAUAUGGAGUUGAUAAACAAGUGUCACAGACUGUGGUAGAUCAAAGAUCACAUGAAGGAAUAAAGGUAGAUCGAAGAUCUAAUGACUGGACUAAGAUAGAUCGAAGGUCUCAUGAAGGAACUAAAGUAGAUCAAAGAUCGAAUGAAAAAACUAAGUUAGAUCGAAGAUUUAGAGAUUGGGAUAAGGUAGACCAACGAUCUAAUGAUUGGACUAAGGUAGAUCGAAGAUCUCAAGAAGGAACUGAGGUAGAUCGAAGAUUUAGAGAUUGGGAUAAGGUAGACCAGCGAUCUAAUGAUUGGACUGAGGUAGAUCGAAGAUCUCAAGAUGGAACUAAGGUAGAUCGAAGAUUUAAGGAUUGGGAUAAGGUAGACCAACGAUCUAAUGAUUGGACUGAAGUAGGACAAAUAUCUCAUGAAGGAACUAAAUUAGAUCGAAGAUCUAAUGAGUUGACUAAGGGAGACAGAAGACCUCUUGAAGGGACUAAGGUUGCACAUACCUCAGACGGCAGUGAAACAUAUUUAUCAACAGGAAGCAGUCAGAUAUUAUACAAACCAUUGAAUUCAUUUGGGAACUAUGAUGAAUGGAAACCAAGCAAAAAAUUAAAGCAUUCAAGUUCUGAAGAAGUUAAGUCUCGUGUUUUCCAUGGCAAUCAGCUUGAGGAUCAACGAAGCCAUACCUGGGCACCUCAAGGUAGCAAAUCAGGUCUUUCAGGAACAUCUAGAUCUGACACAAUAGUGAAGGAGAAAGCAAAAAUGAAAUCUUCUAGGAGUAAGUUCUAUGUUUCUGUGGACGAUUCUGAGGAUGUUGAUUUGGAUUAUGAAGUUGGCCCACCUUUGUGUCGUUCUAUGAGUGAACCAAUUCUUGACAAAGUUGAUGAAGGAAUAUCACAGACCUCAAAAUCAAUUCUUUUGGAUAUAAAUUACACUGGUACUGACAAUACUGAUGGGAUCUAUCAGAGGGAGAGCAUACCUUGCCGAGAACAAAGAUCGGGGUCAUUAUGUAGUGAUGGUCAUGUGACAAAUAAUGAUUCUUCUAGCCAUAUUUAUGCAACUCCUUAUCACAACACUGACAGUCACAGGAAACAGUAUGGGAUAGGAAGCCAAGAUAGUUUAGUUGACUCUGACUGUGUGGAUGUUUCUGAGAUUCAGCGUCGGGUGGAGUACGUCAGCAGUGUCAGGGCAAGAACAAUAAAGAGCGUCAGGAAGACCAAUGAGUUUUUGUCAAGAAUCUAUCCACAAUUAUUUGAGUAUGCACUAGUUGUGGGCCUACUACCCAAGUCAGGCGUGGGAUACAAGCCAUACGUCAUACACAAGUUCCCUGAAACGCGGGCAUACAAAGUAGGUCAGGACGGCAACUUGCUUGCUUGUACCAACAUGAUUGACAGCAAUGUGUCGGUGCCACUGUUCUGUUUCCCAGAUGCCCCAGAGUACAAGCCACCAACAGGCAUCGUUGCUAGUGAGUCCUACUCGUUUGUUCUGACCAACAUCGAUGGAGAGAGGGUGUAUGGAUACUGUCGCAGGAUACAGCCACCUGACUCAAAUCUGCAGGAGGUGAUCUGUAUCAUCAGCCCAGUGGAUGCCUUCAACAUGUACAAUAAGUUGUUGGAUGAGAUUGAGAAGCGCAGAGCGACCUCCACUGACCUUGCACAAGAACUGAUUGCAGCAUCCUUUGGUCGCCCUCUACCGGGGCCUGGCAAGGUUGUCAACAUCCGAACACUGGACAAGAAAGGAGAACUGGAAACACUGUUCUUGAACAGGCCGUCAGAUGUUCGCAGGGAGAAGGUCAACUAUGAGUGUCUGCUGAGCUACCUAGGGACGGACAAACUCAUCAAGGUGUUCUCAUCGCUUAUGAUGGAACGACGUAUCUUGCUGUGUUCAAACAGCCUCAGCAUUCUGACACAGACGGUGCAUGCCCUAGUGGCCCUGCUGUAUCCAUUCAGCUGGCAGCACAUCUACAUCCCCAUCCUCCCGUCCGACAUGAUUGAUGUGUGCGCCUCCCCAACGCCUUUCCUCAUCGGUAUACUCACAUCUCAUCUACCUCAAGUACUUGAGCAGGAGGAAUUAUUGGAGGAGGUUGUGAUUGUAGACGUGGACAAGAAACAGUUUGUGCGGAGUGUCGGAGACGAGGCCACGCUGCUCCCCAAGAAGCUUCAGAAGGCUCUCAAGACGGCAAUAAACAUGUGCAAGAUAGAUAGUGAGUCCGAGACGUCACAAUGGCUGAUGGUGUCCGAGGCCUUCAUGCGGAUGUUCAUUGAGAUUAUGGGCCAUUUCGGGGAGCAUAUCACAACACAGCAGGACGGCAGGAAGGUGUUUGAGAAAGAUAAGUUUUUGGCACGUGUGAGCGCCAAGGGCAUCAGACAGGUCCUGGAGUGGUUCACUGAGACGCAGAUGUUUGAAGUGUUCAUGACCAAUCAGCGGGAGAAGACUGAAUGGGGGACUGUGGAUUUGUUCAUGUCAAGAUUGUUAGACUUUGAGAGAGAAGAUUCCCGUGAUUCACACAAAGGUCUUGGUCGGAAGAUGAAGAACUUCGGCAAGGCCAUCAAAACUAAGCUCGGGCAGACGUGACAUGGCGAAUGAAGUGGCAGUUCUUCUUAACACACUGUUACAACACCCCCAGUGGCGGCAGGCAUAUGUGUAAUAAACAACCGACUCAAGCAAAUGCAGAAAUGCAUCUGACUUGAGAAAGAGUUUCAACAUUUAUUUAUCACUGUGAUAUUUACAUGUUUCACCAUGUUUUUUCGGGUAGUGGAAUGGAUAGGGUACUUUACUAAGGAUCAUGAUUGGAAACCUUGAAGAUGUACUCUUUAAUAUGUGUGUUCUGCACUGAAGGAAAGUUCCAAAAUCAUUGUCAGGUCAGAGGUCAAUGUCAAGGCACAGGUCAAGGAUGUUCCGAGAUCAUGGUCAGGCCAGAGGUAAAGAAACAUUUUAGAGAACAAGGUCAGAUCAGAGGUCAAGGACAUUUCAGAGAUCAGGGUCAUGACUUGUGGUCAGUCUAGAUUUCAAGGUCAGAGGACUGAUGUCAGCUUUUGCAGUGUUAAUACUGAUCCCACCUCAUGUUCCUUCCUGGCAAAUAGCAUGAUGCAAUUGAUGUCUAUGUAACAACCAUGGCCAUAUUCAGAAAUGAUGUGCAAUCUUUCAGUUAGUUACUUCAACAACAGCUAUAGCAGCAUGGAUAAAUGUCUUGUGGAAGAAUGCAGUCAGUGAAAAUGCAAAGAAACUGGAAACUUUAAUCUCUUCAGUGAAAGUGUGAUAGAAAUCAUUGACAUUGACAAAGAAAUAAUAUCAGGUCUUUAGUGCUGUGGAGUUGGGAUGAGCAAUACUCACGUCAUUCAUCAUCUGUUUCUUCAUGUCUGUAGUGAGAAGCCAUCACCACAUGUCCACAGUAACACUGCUGAUUGAAAAAAACAUACAUCAUUUGAAUAUUGUUUGUCAUUCUCUAAUGGAACCAUCACUCAAUUGUCAUGAUAUUAAAUGAGUAAUGUUGAUUGGACUGUGAUCGCCCUUGGUUCACAUGACACAUUGAUCUAAUGGCAGAAUAGUACCUUAAAAUUCUCAGUCAGCUGGAUUCAGAAAAGUCAAUCAAUGUUUGCUGCGAAGACAUGGGAACGACUGACCCUGAAACCUGGAACCUCUGCAGAGUGUUCACUGUGUACGGAGGUAGUAUACACGGCUCUGUAGCGGGCCUGCAUGGCGAGAUGACAAUAAAAUAGAUAGGGCUCUUGUUGUCAAAUGCUACUAGCCUACCGACACUCCGCUGUUCAACAUAGUUUUUGCACAGAGCCUUUGACAACGAGAACCUUGUCUGACUAUAAGACUCUUUGUCGUUCACAUAUUAACACUAAUAAGGUUGUGGAAGCAUUCUUGCAAAUACAUUAUAAGGCUUUUUACGGUAUGAAAAUUAAUGACUUCUAUGACACUUGUCUAUAACACAGUAAAUUGCUGAAUUUUCAAUUUAAGAAAGAAUAUUUGUUAAAUUGCAAAAUUGAAUUUUUGUUAGAAAACAGAUGCCUUCAUCCAAUGACAUCAUGACAAUUAUAGCUUACUGACUGGGAUGGCCUUGGUCUUAGAAGCAAAGGUGCCA